AUGCCCAAAAUCUUUAAGCUCUUGGUGGCCACAGCCCUGUUGGUCCCAUUGGUGGGAGCUUUGCCCUAUGGUGUUGUUGGUUGUGGAGCCGGGAAAGAGGCGGUUGUGACAAACUUCAAUAUUGGUAACUAUACCCAACUGGGAGGUGGACCAAUUGCGAACUAUAACGUGACAAUAUCUAUCGGUAAUCAAGUCCUAGAUCCAAACAUUCCCUUUGACUUUGAAGCACUCAAGGAUCACGACCUGACGUUAACUGCACAUGGAGACCCAUUCUCUGAGUUUCUGGUGAGGCUUGACGGGUCAUUUACUGUUGAUGCCAUUCUACCAACUGAAACUAUCGAUCCGUUUAAAGACGCGACAUCUUCGGGUGGUGCCAAGGAGGUCUUUAUCUGUAAGCAAGCCUACUUUGUUGCUGGAGUAUCCCACAAUUCGCCAGAGAAGAAGUCCAUGGUUGACUUGAAUCUUAAAAUGGACAGUGUCACAUCGAACUUGAUUCUCGACGUCAGUGUCGUCGCCGAAACUAGCGUUGAACAGAAUUUCUCAGAGUGGUAUUUCAGCUCUUUCUUACUGAACGCUGUGGAAGGGGCCGCUAUGACGACCCUACCAACACCAAGGCCAACAAUCCAGUCGUCAGAUUCCCCAACACUAAAGGCAGGAGAGUCUGGUACAAAUACACAAUCUGAUGCAACGACAUUGUUUUCAAUUCAUUGGUCAAUGUUAACGCUUGGCGUUAGACUAGUACUUGGACCAUUGUGA